AUGACCACUUUACUCUUAGUGUUGAUGAGUUUGCGAGUCAUCGCUGCAGCCAUCUCUGUGGAAGUUUCAGACCAUGCUAACUUACUGAGUGUAAGCAUCCCAGAGCCUUCUCCCCUUCGUGUCCUUCUUGGAAAUUCUCUCACCAUUCCCUGCUAUUUCAUUGACCCUGUACACCCUGUGACCACGGCCCCUUCCACACCCCCACUCUCACCCCGGAUCAAGUGGAGCCGCCUCUCAGAAGAGAAGGAGGUGGUCCUUUUGGUAGCCACUGAGGGGCGUGUACGAAUCAACAGUGCCUACCAGGACAAGAUCUCACUGCCCAACUACCCUGCCAUCCCCAGUGAUGCUACCCUGGAGAUCAACAACCUUCGCUCCAAUGACUCAGGCAUCUACCGCUGUGAGGUGAUGCAUGGUAUCGAGGACAGCCACGCUACUCUGGAGGUCAUUGUCAAAGGCAUCGUGUUCCAUUACAGGGCUAUCUCUACGCGUUACACCCUGGAUUUUGAGAAGGCACAGCAGGCCUGCAUACAAAAUAGUGCUGUCAUUGCCACUCCUGAGCAGCUACAGGCUGCCUACGACGAUGGUUACCACCAGUGUGAUGCUGGCUGGCUAGCUGACCAAACUGUCAGGUACCCUAUUCAUAGCCCCCGUGAGGGCUGCUAUGGAGACAAGGAUGAAUUCCCUGGAGUAAGAACCUAUGGCAUCCGAGACACCAAUGAGACCUAUGACGUAUACUGCUUUGCAGAGGAGAUGGGAGGGGAAGUCUUUUAUUCUACAUCCCCGGAGAAAUUCACCUUCCAGGAAGCAGCAAAUGAGUGCCGGCGCCUGGGAGCCCGGCUGGCAACCACAGGGCAGCUGUACCUAGCCUGGCAAAGUGGAAUGGACAUGUGCAGUGCUGGCUGGCUGGCUGACCGCAGUGUCCGAUACCCCAUCUCCAAGGCACGUCCUAACUGUGGGGGCAACCUCCUAGGGGUAAGGACUGUGUAUCUACAUGCCAAUCAAACUGGCUAUCCGGAUCCCUUAUCCCGCUACGAUGCCAUCUGCUACACAGGUGUUGUGUUCCACUAUCGUCCAGGUUCUACCAGAUAUUCUCUCACCUAUGAAGAAGCUCAACAGGCCUGUAGAUCUACAGGAGCUGUCAUUGCUACACCAGAACAGCUACAGGCAGCCUAUGAGGCUGGCUAUGAACAAUGUGAUGCUGGCUGGUUGCGGGACCAGACAGUCAGAUACCCUAUUGUGAGUCCCCGCACCCAGUGUGUAGGAAAUAAGGACAGCAGCCCUGGAGUCAGGUCCUAUGGCCUACGCCCAGCAUCUGAGACCUAUGAUGUAUACUGCUAUGUAGAUUGGCUACUGGGCGAGGUGUUCUUUGCCACUCGACUGGAGCUGUUCACCUUCCAAGAAGCCCUAGCAUACUGCGAAGAUCACAAUGCCACCCUGGCUUCUACAGGGCAGCUCUAUGCUGCCUGGCGCAGGGGCCUAGACAAAUGCCAUGCUGGCUGGCUGGCAGAUGGCAGUGUCCGUUAUCCUAUCAUCACUCCCCGCUCCUCAUGUGGUGGGGACAAGCCAGGUGUUAGGACUGUUUACCUGUAUUCCAACCAGACUGGCUUUCCUGAUCCCCUGUCCCGGCACCAUGCUUUCUGUUUCCAAGCUGGGCCUUCUCUGGUGGAAGGUGAAGAAGUCACGCAGACCUCCAUUAUUGAUGAAGAGCUGAUUCCAACUCAGGUGGCUCCAAAAGAAGGGGAAGUCCUGUCCAGGGAAGAAUUUGAUUUUACCACUGUACCUGAGAAUCAGACAGAGUGGGAAACUGAUUUUUUUCCAACAAAUACUUCACUACUCUCAGUGAGUCCUUCAUCUUGGCCUCCCACUACUGCCCUUCCAGAAGAAAGUAUACCUUCAGCCUCUGGUGAGCCCUAUGAAUCUAGUAUGGGCCCAAGCAGUGGCAGUGAGGAACCAUCAUCCUCUGGAGAGCCAUCUAGUGUUCCAGAUGUGAGUGGAAGUGGGGAGCCAUCAACUUUUGGAGAGCCAUCUGGUAUUCCAGAUAUGAGUGGAAGUGGGGAGCCAUCAGCCUCUGGAGAGCCAUCUGGUAUUCUAGAUAUGAGUGGUAGUGGAGAGCCAUCAGCCUCUGGAGAGCCAUCUGGUGUUCCAGAUGUGAGUGGCAGUGGGGAGCCAUCAACCUUUGGAGAGCCAUCUGGUGUUCCAGAUGUGAGUGGCAGUGGUGAGCCAUCAGCCUCUGGAGAGCCAUCUGGUGUUCCAGAUCUGGGAGUUCCACAUGUGAGUGGUAGUGGGGAGCCAUCAGCCUCUGGAGAGCCAUCUGGUGUUCCAGAUCUGGGAAUUCCACAUGUGAGUGGCAGUGGGGAACCAUCAGCCUCUGGAGAGCCAUCUGGUAUUCCAGAUGUUGACAUUUUGGAUGUGAGUGGCAGUGGGGAGCCAUUGACUUCUGGAGAACCAGUCACUGUUCCAGGUUUUGGAAUUCCAGAUGUGAGUGGCAGUGGAGAACCAUCAGCUUCUGGAGAGCCAUCUGGUGUUCCAGAUGUGAGUGGAGACUUCAUUGGUAGUGGAGAAGCUUCAGGAGGGUUUGAAACAAGUGGACAGCCCUCUGGUGGCCUGGAUUUCAGUGGCCUUUCAUCUGGAGUUGCCUCUGGUCUACCUGGGGAGAGAGGGUUAUCUUCAGGGGAAACAGAUGUAAGUGGCUGGUCAAGCACUACUGAAGUUAGUGGACUGCCUUCAGGAGAUGAUUUAAUUGGAUCUGCUUCUGAACACUUUGACCUCGGAGAACUGCCUUCUGGAUCUUUAGGGAGUGGCCAAACUCCAGAAACAAGUGGCUUGCCAUCUGGAUUUAGUGGUGAGCACUCUGGGGUAGACUUUGGAAGUGGCCUAUCAUCUGGACUACCCGAUUUGAGUGGAUUUCCAUCUGGUUUCCCAACUGUUUCUCUUGUUGAUACUACAUUGGUGGAAGUAGUCACAACUACCACUGCAAGCCAGUUGGAAGGGAAGGGAACCAUUGGAAUUAGCGGUCAAGGAGAAAUAUCUGGGCUGCCAUCUGGAGAGUGGGACAUUAGUGGGGGAACUAGUGGACUACCUUCAGGAACUGAACUCAGUGGACAGGCAUCAGGAUUGCCUGAUAGCAGUGGGGAAACAUCUGGAAUAUUUGGAAUAAGCGGACAGGCAUCUGGAAUUCCUGAAGCUAGUGGAGAAACAUCUGGACUGUUUGAUGUCAGUGGGUAUGCAUCUGGAAUUCCUGAGGCCAGAGGAGAAACAUCUGGAAUAUUUGGAAUCAGUGGGCAAGCAUCUGGUUUUCCUGAUGCCAGUGGAGAGACAUCAGGGAAUUUUUACUUAACUGAGAAGCCAUCUGAAGUACCCUAUUUCAGUGGUCAACCCUCUGGAUUACCUGAUGCCAGUGGAGAAACAUCUGGAGUCCGUGAAAUCAGUGGAGAGCCUUCUGGUGUACUGGAUAUCAGUGGAGAAACAUCUGGGGUCCGAUUUCACAGUGGACAACCAUUUGAAGUAACUGACCUUAGUGGGGCAACAUCUGGAGUAUUUGAUAUCAGUGGACAACCAUCUGGAGUGCCUGGAUUUAGUGGUGAAACAUCUGGAAUCUCUGAUCUGAGCGGGGUGGGUGAUCUCAGUGGCUUGGUUUCUGGAACUAUAAGUGGCAGUGGCGAAUCUCCCAAUGUCACAUUUGUUGAUACUAGUUUUGUUGAAGUGGCCCCAACUGCCUUCAGAGAAAAAGAAGAAGGCUUAGGUUCUACGGAAGUAAGCGGCUUUCCUUCUGGGGAGACAGAUAUAUCAGGUAGCUUCUCUGGAACUGUGGACAUAAGUGGGCAAUCUUCUGGAACCAUAGAAUCUAGUGGACUUGCUUCGAGUACUCCAGAAUUUAGUGGCCUGCCAAGUGGAUCGGUAGAGCUCAGUGGGGAAUCCUCAGGAGCAGGGAUUGGAAGUGGCCUACCAUCUGGAGAAUAUGACAGUAGUAGUAGUGGACUUUCAUCUGGUUUUCCCACAAUAUCUCUCAUGAAUAAAACUUUGGUUGAAUCUGCAACCGCAAUUCCAACAGCACAAGAGGCCGGAGAAGGGCCUUCUGGAGUCUUAGAAAUCAGUGGAACCUAUUCAGGAGAAACAGAAAUCUCUGGAGAAAUAUCCAGAACUCUGGACCUUAGUGGGUCACAGCCAGGACUGUUAGAGACCAGUGGGGAGUCAUAUAGCACACCAUCCUUUAGUGGUGAUUUUUCUGGGGUCCCUGAUAUAAGUGGAGAAUUAUCGGCAGUAACCAGCAGCAGUGGAGAGGCCUCGGGAUUCCCAGAAGUCACUUUGAUUACCACAGAUUUAAAGGAAGCAGUUCCCAAACCAACAGUUUCACAAGAACUCGGUCAAGGAUCUCUUGUGACACUCCCUCAUUUUGUUGAGUCCAGUGGAGAGUCCCCUAUUUCUGGUGAGUUCAGUGGGAUGUCAACAAUCCAUGAGACUGAGGUAGAGGCAUCAGCAGUCCCUGAAGUGAGUGGUGAAUUAUCAGCAUAUCCUGAGGCAUCUGCUGUCCCAGAUGUUAGUGGCACAACAUCAGCACUUUAUGAAAUUGACCAUGAAGUAUCUUCAUCAUUGAAUGGAAGUGGGGAAUCAUCUAUUUUCCAGGAAGUGACCAGUGAAUCGUCCUCCACACCUGAUGUGAGUGGAGACUCAUCUGCCUUUCACGAAAUCUCUGAGGAAACAUCUGCCACACAUGAUGUUAGUGGAGAGACUUCCAGCCCCCAAAAUGUGGACUUAGAAACAUCAUCUGCACCUCUGGCCAGUGGUGAAUUCCCUGUGAGUUUUGAAGACAGGACUGAAGUCAGUGGGGAAACUUCUGGAUCCCCAACUUUUUCUGUUCCAACUAUUUCAGGUGACACAUCUUUGCCAGAUGUAGUCAUUAGCACCAGUGUUCCAGAGACUGAAUUCAGACAUCAGACCCAAAGCCCUGAAGAGGCUCAAACAGAAAUUGAGUCCUCUAGUCCCUUAAUAUCAGGAGAAGAGACUGAAAGAGAUGAUGUUACUGAAACUGGAACAGAUCCCUCCCCCACAGACACUUCCAUUGCAUCCCAAGUUUCUCCAGAUGAAGAGGAAGAAUCAGAGUCCACCACUGAAGCCACCCCCAAGUCAUGUGCUGAGGAGCCAUGUGGAGCUGGGACCUGCCAGGAGAGGGAGGGAAGUGUCAUCUGCCUAUGCCCCCCUGGGUAUAUGGGCAAUCGCUGUGACAUAGACAUCGAUGAAUGCCACUCAAACCCCUGUCAGAAUGGAGCUACCUGCGUGGAUGGCAUCGACUCUUUCACAUGCUUAUGCCUUCCCAGCUACGGAGGGGACCUGUGUAAUAUCGACCAGGAGAUUUGCGAAGAGGGCUGGACAAAAUUCCAGGGACACUGUUACAGGCACUUUCCUGACCGGGAAACCUGGGUAGAUGCAGAAAGCCAGUGCCGGGAGCACCAAUCUCACCUGAGCAGCAUUGUCACGCCUGAAGAGCAGGAGUUUGUCAACAACAACGCCCAAGACUACCAAUGGAUUGGACUCAAUGACAGAACUAUCGAAGGUGAUUUCCGUUGGUCAGAUGGACACCCCUUGCAAUUUGAGAAUUGGAGACCCAACCAACCAGACAACUUCUUUGCCACUGGGGAAGAUUGCGUAGUGAUGAUCUGGCAUGAGAAGGGUGAAUGGAAUGAUGUCCCAUGCAACUAUCACCUGCCAUUCACAUGUAAAAAGGGCACAGUGGCUUGUGGAGACCCUCCUACAGUCGAACAUGCUAGAACCUUUGGACAGAAAAAGGACCGAUAUGAAAUUAACUCACUGGUCCGGUACCAGUGCAGCGAGGGCUUUGUCCAGCGCCAUGUACCUACAAUUCGAUGCCUACCUAGUGGACAAUGGGAAGAGCCACAGAUAGCCUGCAUAGACCCUACCACCUACAAGCGACGACUACAAAAGAGGAACUCUCAGCCCCAGCGGAGAAAUGUCCACAGCACAGCCCACUAGACAGUAAAUUCCCCCCAGAGAGCCAAAAAGGACAGAAUGAGCCGACAGACCUUACGGAACUGAAACUAUUUCAUGGAUUCAUUGUCAUCUUGUUGCUUUCUGUCAUAUAAGGAAUAACAUUAAAAAGGAAAAAAAACCCACAUCACGUAUAUACCCAUCCCCUAAAAAAAUCACCCCCAAAAUAUUUUGUUUUAUUUUAUUUUUGCAGAACACUAAAGCAAACAGAGUAGAUUCCAACCACA